AUGCGCAUUGAGCGCUCCGCCAUGGCUGACAGGGAAUGGCCGGGAUGUGCGAAGAGUUUGAAAGGAGUCAUUUUAGACCUGUGUGGAGUUUUGUAUGAAAGUGGAGAGGGCGACGGAGUUGCCAUUCCCGGCUCCAUCGAAGCUGUGAAAAAGCUGAAAGAGUCCGACCUGCAGCUGCGCUUCUGCACCAACGAGACUCAGGCGACCAGAGAGAAGUUCGUGGCCAAACUGCAAAGGCUGGGCUUUGACAUCUCUGUGUGUGAGGUGUUCCCUCCUGCACCUGCAGCCAUAGCUGUCCUGAAAGAGAGGAACCUCCGGCCUCACCUGCUGGUGCAUGAUGGACUUGUCCCAGAAUUCGACGGCGUUGACAAGAGCAGCCCAAACUGUGUAAUCAUCGGAGAUGCAGCCGAACAUUUCACCUACCAGAACCUAAAUGAGGCAUUCAGGGUCCUUAUUGGCCUGGAAAAGCCAGUGCUCUUCUCUUUGGGCCAAGGGAGGUAUUACAAGGAGACGGAUGGUUUAAAACUCGAUGUUGGAGUUUACAUGAAGGCUUUGGAGUAUGCCUGUGAUUUGAAAGCAGAGGUCAUUGGAAAACCGUCUCCCACUUUCUUCCAGAGCGUUCUGAAUGACAUGCAGCUCCAAGCACAUGAGGUACUGAUGAUUGGAGAUGAUCUUUUAAACGAUGUAGGCGGAGCCCAGCACUGCGGAAUGAAAGGGGUGCAAGUCAGAACCGGCAAAUACAGGCCGAGCGACGAGAGGCACCCGGCGGUGACGGCCGACGGCACGGUGGACGACCUGGCCCAGGCCGUGGACGUGAUCCUCCGUCAGAGAGGGCGCUGAGAGCAAGGCGGCGGCGGCGGCGGCGGACGGAAACACUCGACGUACUGUGAAACCAUUCAGUAGUGUUAAUUUAUAGCGUAGGGAAGAUCACAUACAAAAGCCGUCCAAAUGCUUCACUGUGUUAAACCAACACAGCUUGUGUGAAAUGUCAAACACGGGUCUGGCUUUUCAAACAAACUGGACUGAAAGUUUCAGUUUUUUGCUGUUAUCCAGGCCUGCGAGAGAGAGAGAGAGAGAGAGAGAGAGAGAGAGAGUCCUGCACCCCCCGUCUGUCAGGACAUAAGCGACAUAGAUAAGAUACCUACAGCCGGCAUGAGCGCGUCAGUAACCAGCCGCUGAGUGAACACACAGCAUUACUCUCCUCGUCUGUCUUCUCCUGUUGCUCAGAUUCUUCAACAAGCUUUUAUAGAGACGGCCUGGGAAGAAAUUCUUGUGCACAAAUGUAGUUUCUGAUAUAAAUGAAUGCAGAAAGUGUUUUGAAAUAAACUAAUUCAAG